ACGAAGUGUCAACCUCAGUGCAAAUAUUGAAACAGUGCCAACCAUGCCUUCGAGUAUCACCGUCGACGAACCAGCUGAUUUGAAUGAUCCGCAGUCCAAUGGUGUGGCCGUAUUAUUCCAUGAGACAAUCCGCAAAAUUUUCAAUCAGAAGCCCAUGGAUGUCGCAAGACUAGCAAAUUCUACACCCGAUUAUUUACUACCGUUCGUCGUGCCUAUUGUCGAAACGAAAUUGAAAACGCUCUCAAGUUUUAGCAGGGAAGACUAUCGCUACUUUGCCCAACAAGAAGAUAUUACUUUCGUCAAUUUUCCUCAAUGUAAACAAGGGAUCGAAGCCAUGGUUUCGAAGAUGAAUGUUGACCUUGUGAAAUCAGGAUCGUUUCAGGACGUUGCUUCAUUAAAACUAGUCUUGCUAGGAUUGACUGAAAUUGAGGGUAGCAUUCCUUUUCUCAAGCGCCCAAAGAUAGUAGAUCUCAGAGAAGCUAUGAGCAGUUUGCCUCUAAAAUUCUUCCAGAAUUUGCACUCUGUUGUGAAGAAACCUGGAAUUCUGGUCGACAAAACUUUGAAACCUUACCGCAACGGAAGUACACGAAGCGUAGUUGUGCAGCUAGAGAAUCACUUUGACCAGCUAGACGAAAUUCUUAAGAAAAUACAAAGCCGGAAAGUUCCACUGAUCGAAUUGGCAAGUCUCAAUGAUCCACAAGUACAAGAUUGUUUGAAGAAUCUUGGUCUAACAGAAUGUAAACAAGUUAAAUUUCGCCAAGAAGUCGAAGAAUUGAGACAACGACAUUGCCUGUACGCCUUUCUCUACAGCAGAUAUUCCCGUUCUGAUGUGAUCACCCAAAAUCCCGAAGACAGCCAUGAAGAUGACGAUGCAAAUGUCAGCCAUCUAAAAACCACUCAACUCUUUGAUUCCACAGAAUGGGAGGCUUACCUGAACGACAUUGAUUCGGAGAUGAGUAAUUUAACUCUGGAAGAAGCCUUAUCAUUGCCGGUACCUCUAUCAACCAUUUCUGCACAAUGGCUGUUUGGACUCAAGGAUUGUGCUUUGUUCAUGGAUAAAGUAUGGCAUCCAAACGUCAAGUCUCAGGUUAUUUAUCCAUUGUGCAAAGAGGAUUUGAAAGUUUUCGUACGUGAAUGCGCCGUUACAUGGAAGGAAUUGGCCAGCACCGUUGCCCGCGGAACCGUUUCAUUCAAGCAAAUGGAUGAAAUCAGCAAAUUACAACCGGAUCCCAAUGUUCUUUCGCAAAGUCAUCUGACGCCUCAACCAGUUAAAGGCGUUGCAAAAGCAUACAAGGAAUUCCGAAAUCUUCAAGAUUUACGACACCUCAUCGGCCCAUUUGUGACGGCUCUUCGAUUCUUCUCGAUCAAAGAAAAAGGCCCCAUCGACAGUCUGUACGAUUUCGUGUGCAAAAACUUGUUAGGAAAUUGGGAUAGUACGACUUUGGUCCAGAUCGCAGAAACGGGAAUUCUCCGACUAGUGAAUGAAGAACUGAACAUCGACUUGGAACGACCUGAAACACGGAAUGCAAUGCAGUUUGUUGGUUCCCUAACAACCAAAAAGGAAAAUCGUUAUCCCCUUAUAGAAUGGCUGAGAGAAAAGGACGAAAAAGACAUGGAAGCUAUGGGGAAAAUUCUACAAGGAAAUCUGUUGGAGGUCUACGGUAAUUUGGUUUAAAAAAUCUCAUUUUAGUUGUUAUUUAACGUGAUAUUUUUACUUCAGGUCAGCUGCAGACUCUCAGAACUCGGAUCGCUCCUUUUCUGCAGAAGGAAUUCAAUAUGUACCAGGAAUUGUUGCUAGAAGUUCGUAACUCAGAAGAACGUUUUUCCCAGCGCCUUUCUGGCCGCGUUCAGCCGAUUGAUUGCAAUUGGAUCACCAACAUGCUUCCCGAGAUUCAAGCUGCUAUUCGCGCCAGUAUAAUUUCACCAUCUGAAGAUGCGAAAAAGAAACUAAUAAAGCUCCGACAAGUUGCUAUCAAUCCCCAAAACGAAUCCUACUCGAUUGAAAUCCACUUGGAACCGACAGGAUCGCUUUCAAUGGAAGAACUCAAGCAAGCUUUCCAGCUGCUGGACAUGACUCUCAUGGAUGACGAUGUCGAUAGCCAAAUCCUUGCUAGCCGAAUCCGAAGAAACGUUGGGCUAAUCGAGAAACUGGCAGAAGUUUUCGGUCAUCUUUUCGUCUCUGGGUGCAUCAGAUACACUUUCAGCGAUGGAAUUGUCAUUGAAUUGGAUGAUUUGGAAAAAGACAUUCAACUCAUGCGUGAGCAGCUCGAAAGUUGGACUGGUCAUUGGAAAGAAGUCGAAGAGUUGCCCCUUUUAGCGCUCUUAUCUCGCGAUUAUCUGCUUCAGCUGGCCGA